AGAGAAAGAAAAUGGAAGAGUAGUGAAAACUUGAACACACAACGAGAACGUAGCGAAACUUGAAGUGAUGAAAACCGACUGGGAAAUGUUUGCGACCCGAACCGAUCGGACUUUACCCGAAGAGUUUCAGUAACCCGGGCCAGUAAAUAUUCGUUUUCUAAGAAAUCCAGAGCAAAACGACGACGCUCUACGUGUGAGAGACAAACAUAGAAGGAAGUCCUUGCUCUAGCCACCACUGUAAGGCGACGUCGUAGGGGUGUGUUGUCGCUGCGCCACCAUCUUCUUCAAACAAUAAACACUCACCUUCCCUUUCUUGGAACCCUUAAAUUUGGUGACCUAAAACUUCUGUUUUUUCAGGUAAGGAAAAUACACAUGGAUUCAUCACAAAACACAGCUCUGGGGGGAAAUGGUGGGAGCGGUGGAAAUGGGACAUUGAUUUCUCAAACUAAUGAUAUGACAGCUUCUGCAGCAGGAGCUGAUGAUUCUAUGCAGAAGCUGAACCAGGUCAGCAACUCAAUUCAGAAAACCUUGGGCCUUAUUCAUCAGCUUUACCUCACAGUUUCUACCUUCAAUGCUGCCUUUCAAAUGCCUCUACUCCAGCGCAUUAAUGGUCUUGUGGUAGAGCUUGACAACAUGGUUAAAUUGGCAGAGAAAUGCAACAUUCAGGUUCCCAUGGAGGUUGUUAAUCUAAUUGAUGAUGGAAAGAAUCCAGAUGAAUUUACCAAAGAUGUUAUAAACAGCUGUAUUGCAAAGAAUCAGAUCACCAAAGGAAAAACUGAUGUCUUAAAGAGUUUGCGCAAACAUCUUUUAGAAGAAUUGGAGCAAAACUUUCCUGAUGAGGUUGAAACUUUUAGAGAAAGUCGUGCUGCUGCAGCUGCUGAGCUGAAACGUCAGGCACAAGCUCAAAGUGCACUGUCAAAUGGAGAUGUGAGGGUCAAAUCAGAGCAUUGAGUGAUAUGAAUGUGCCUUUGCUUGUCUAUAAAUAGAAUUCAAUAUUUCUGUUGUCUAUAAAUAGAAUCAGAGCAUGGAGAUGUUGUCCUCUUUGUCUGUGUCUUGGUUAAAUGUUGUAAAUUUGAUGACUCAUUUUUGCUUACUGUUAGUUAAUUGAAUAUCAUUGUUGUCUUUUGAUUUGUA